CUAUGGCUCCCUCCGCCUGAUGCUGAUGCUGCCAUGCCGUCUGCCAAGGAGGUCAAUCGAGCGCUGGCUCGAAUCAGAGCCGUCAUGCCGGCCGAGAAAAAGGUGGCAUCCGCAAAUCGCAACAUCCGCCUGGGCCUGGAGCGCAUCAGCCAUGUCGUGCCGCAGGAGCAGGGCUGGCUAGGAGUCCAUGUUGGAGGCACCAAUGGCAAGGGAUCCGUUUGUAACCUGCUCUCGGGGCUCUUCAGGCUGUCCGGCGUCAGUCAUGGCAUGUACACAUCGCCGGCAAUGCCUGAGAGGCACAACGGCGUCACCAUCAACGGCCUCUACGUCAACCGCCGCAUGUAUGAGAUGGAGGUCAAGCACAUUGAGGAGAAGUUCAAGCGCAUUGCGUCUGGCUGGCGGUUUGCUGCUGGAGAGGACCCGGGCGACUUGACGCCCUUUGAGCUCGAGACAGCUGCUGCCUUCCGCGUCUUCGACAAGAUGCAUGUCAACUAUGGCAUUGUCGAGGUGGGCAUGGGCGGCGCUACUGACGCAACCAACAUCAUGAGGCAAAAGUCGGUCACCGUCAUCACCAAGAUCGAUCUCGAACACCAGGAGUAUCUCGGCAACACCAUUGAAGAGAUUGCCAAAGUGAAGGCUGGCAUCAUGAGACCUGGUGUACCCUGUAUUGUUGACCACUCUAAUUCCAGCUCUGUUAUGAAAGUACUACGGCGUCAUGCGAAUAGCAUCGGCACCCAAAUCAGCCCAUCGUGGAAGGGACAAUCUCUGUUGGCCAAUCUGGAUACCGAGCGGUUUAAGCUGGAAGAUUACGAGAAGCAAAAUCUUCUCUGUGCAACUCUGGCCUUCCGUCACCUGUUUCCAAAUCUUGAAAUCGACGUCAAUAAGCUACUGGCAAUGGACCCUUUCCCGUCUGGACGCAAAGAGCAAGUUAAAGUGCUUGGUCUCACUGGCGGAACUCGUGAAAAGCCUGUCCUUGUAGAUGGCGCUCACAACCUGCUUGGUGCCGAAGCGCUGGCUUCUUAUGUGCAGCACCAGGUUCGCCAAGGGGACCAACCGAUUUCAUGGGUUAUGGGAUUAUCAUCCAGCAAAUCCAAACCGUUUGCAAAAGUCAUUUCCACUCUGGUCCAACCUCAAGAUAAUUUUGCUUUUGUUGAAUAUGUCCCUGCUCCCAAUGAGCCACCUCCAGCCCCUGCUGAGCUCGGUCGUGAGAUUGGAAGAUCCAUUGUUAACAAUGAAUCGCAGCUCUACGAUGGAGAUCCCCGGAUCGGAGCUGGCGUGCAAUGGGCUUGCGAAAAGGCCGGAGAAGGCCCAGUUAUAGUAACGGGCAGUCUCUAUAUGAUUAGAAAUUUUUACAAGCUGGAUGGCGUUGAGCCCAAGAGAAAGACCAAAACGAGGAGGCCUGGUGCCGCGCAGCUGUGGCAUUACAUACAACUAUCACAGGAAAGAGCACUAACCCCGGAGGAAGCCAGAGAGUUCAAACGAGCGAGGAGACAUUGGUAUCUGUCGCCCGCACGGAAUUCUACGUUUAGAGGGGUGAAAUACGGCGGCCUGCCCAGACCUGCCCGCGUUCCUGAGAGGAUACGUGCCCUGCAGCGACAGAGCGAGUUUCAUAGAAAGCAGGCCGAAGGUUACCGUAGCGCCAUUGAGAGUAUGGAAAAGGACCUGGUGGCGGAACCAGCUGAUGCGGCUGCUGCCGCUGAAUCUUCUGAUUUCCAAAUCAGCAUGGAAACGCUCAAGCAGCGACACCAGGAGCAUCUCGGCGCCUACAACAGCGCCAUGUUCAAGCUUCGGGGACAUGUUGCUUCUCCCGAGAAAAAGUAUAUGAGCUACGAAGAUGUUUUUGGGCGAUCGCCGAAGCCAAAGGUUCAGAACUUUCCCUUUCCCGAGGACGACGGUGCGAGCGUAACGUCUGGGAAACCUCAUGAAGACAUUGCUGCUUCGCCAGAGGUUAGCGCCGGUUCUCAAUCCGGCGGAGUCGCCCCUGAGGAGGAGAAGAAAGUGGAAUCACGAAACUCACGAUUUGGAAGAAAGACUGGUCGUCGUGAUGACAAGGGGAAGGAUAAGACUGCAACAGAGGCACAUGAUCUUGUUGACAAGUUGACCAGAGAGCGCGUCAGCUCUGAAGCUGGAUCGAGCAGCAAGCCCUGAAUGGAGGAAACCGACCUGAGAAAGGUUCGGCAUGUAUUAUAUAUAGAUAAGGGGGACAAAAGCAAUCUGCUGAGAAAGGGAUAUUUUGGUAAAUACAUAGAAUAGUGUUGCAUCUUGUUCAUACACUUUGACUGCCAAAGGUAUU